AUACCCAAAGUGGUGUGACUUCAUAGAUCGUAAGAUACAACUGGACUAGUUAUUGAUUCCUGUUUAAUUUUAAUGUACGGGUACUAACGGAGCGAAAUGCGAUGGGUUAUAAAAUUCUGUUGCUACCCUUCAUUCAGUCAUUUUAUUAAUCUCUCUGUGUUCAGACCUAUCCUCCUAGGAUAUUUGCUGGUGACCGGUCAAACUGUAAAGUCAUCGUACACUACAGCAUUAUUAUAUAGCAUGGGUAGACUGAGUGAUAAUGCUAAGUUAAUCUGGAGAUCAGCUGAUGCUGUCUGUUUUGAUGUGGACUCUACUGUUUGUACUGAUGAAGCCAUCGAUGAAUUAGCAAAAUUUGUUGGGAGGGAAAAGGAAGUUGCAGAUCUGACUCAAAAAGCAAUGAGAGGGGGAAUGUCAUUUAAAGAAGCUCUUGCCAUGCGGCUUGACAUCAUACAACCAUCAGUGUUUGUCAUGAGAAGAUAUUUAGAAACCCAGUCUCCAUCUUUAACACCUGGGAUUAGGGAAUUGAUAUCUACAUUACAAAAGAAUAAUGUAUCUGUCUACCUAGUUUCUGGUGGUUUUGAUACGAUCAUUCAACCAGUUGCAGAAGAUCUUGGUAUCCCUCUGAAUCAUGUGUUCGCUAAUAGGAUAAAAUAUUAUUUCAAUGGAGAUUAUGCUGGCUUUGAUGAAACCCAGCCCACAUGUGAACAAGAUGGCAAAGCUCAAGUUGCUGCUUAUCUUAAACAUAGGCAUGGAUAUCAAAGGCUUGUAAUGAUUGGUGAUGGAGCUACUGAUCUUGUUGCUUCUCCCCCAGCAGACCUCUUCAUUGGCUUUGGUGGAAAUCAGAUUAGAGAAAGAGUGAAGAAAGAAGCAAAAUGGUUUGUCACAAGCUUCGACGAACUCCGAAAGGAACUUCAAAAUCAAUGAUUUUUGGCUAGUUACAAUAGCUUGUUCAAUGUCAAACUGUGAUCUUCUACUAACUAGCACAGAACAUUCAAUCUAUAGAAUGCAUUUUUAGUACAUUGUUUUUGUUUUUAUACAAGAUCACCAGUCAGCAUUCAGUUAACUUAUUAAAUUAUUUAUUCAUUAUUUUUGAAACUGCGAGAAAAAAAAACUAUUUGAACCAAGAAUAUUAUAUCCUUGGUUUUAUUCUUCUCAUAUUUCAUUGUAUUUUAGUGUACAUUUAUUUGUUGAAUGUAUAAAUAGUUAUGAGGUGCUUAUAAUGAUUUGGAGUCUUAUCCUCAGUAAUGAUAAGUAUUUAGGAAUACUGAAGGAAUUGUUUUUCAACUAAAUGCAGGGCAUGAAAUUUCCUCUAUUAUUUAAAUUAUAUGCUAAUACUGAAUUAGAUUUAUCUCUAACUAUGUUUUUCUUCAUAAAUAUGAUAUUAACUACUGGGAGGUAGCCCUUUGUGGUACUAAUAAUGUUAUCAAACAAUAUCCAUAUUCUUUAGAAGAUUACUGUGUUUUCAGAGAAAUGGUCAUUCAUGCAGCUAUUUAUAUUUUUCUAUACUUUUAAUAGACGUCAAGAUAUUUUUUUUCUAAAUUUCACAUUUAGUUUGUCAUUUUCUACAUUCUUUAGGUGGCUUGAGUCGCCAAAAAGUUCUUAAUGGCAUCUGUUGACAUUUUGAAAAUUGUUUAAAUAAAUAGUAGCAAGCAAAAAUUUGAAAUACUUAAGAACUGAAAUUUCGUGCCCUGACUUAAUGUAUGUAAAGUUUAGGAAGAUAAGAAUUUCCAAAUCAUUGUAUGAACCAUUUAUAAUUACUAAGUUCUUAAAGACUUAUUUUAGAUGUUGUCCUUGAUUAAACAAUUUGAAGAAUUCAGACUUUCAAAGUGCUUUACUAAAAGAAGGUGAUAAAAUAUUUUACGUUUAUUUCUUAGAAAAAGAUAAUGAAUUUUUGGUAUUGCUUAUGAAAUUUUUAAAAAUGUGAAGUUUGAAAUAAGAACUUUGAUACAAAAUAACCUUUGUAUUAAGAUACUGUUUUCAUCGUGAAAUUUAUAUUCUGAUUUAGAACUAUUUUAAAUCUGAUUAUUUUUGAGCUAUUUAUAAUUUUUUUUGUUUCGGUUUUUCAAGUUUCAUUUAUUCUUUUGUCAGUUAAUUACUUUUGUUUUAUAGGAAAUAGUGUGUAAUCUUACAAUCUCUUUACCUUUAUACUUCUGUUGAAAUGUUUUUUAAAGGAACAAAAUUAGCAUUUUCAUGUUAUCUCAUGCUUUUCUACUUCUAGCUUCUGUUGUUGGCUAUUAGAAACAAAUUUAUGAUAAUGUUACGUUCACGUUUAAGAAUAUUUUUCAUCAGAAUUAUUGUUGCCUUUGUGUAAAGUUUGUAAUUUUAUUUUUUUUAAAGAAAAGGAAGUUUUAAAGUAAAAUAUUUGUAUGAAGUUUCAGUAUUAUCCUGCAUCAAAAAUCCUGUAGAAAUACUUCCAUUAAAUUGUAAUAUGAGAGUAUUUUUAUACAGUAUGUGAAAGCUAAUUGUAUAAAAAUCGUAUUUUCAAUUGACUAGACUAACCUGUGAUGUGCUUUUUGUAACAGAUUUAUUAAAUCUGUUUAAGACUGUUCAGUUGCUUACAAAACUUGUAAUAAAUUGUUUUGUUUUA